AUGGCCUCUUCGUCUUCCGAAAGCGGCGCAAUCGAUUAUGCCAAUCUUCCUACACCUCCCAGAGCUGUUGCGGAUUUUUGUUUGAUUCCCAUCGGUACACCCACAGCUUCGGUAUCGAAAGAAGUAGCCGCGGUCCAGCGAUUGAUGAAGGCUAGUGGAUUGAGUUAUAGUAUGCAUUCUGCUGGUACGACUGUUGAAGGUACCUGGGACGAAGUAAUGCGCCUGAUAGGUCAAGCCCACACACUCGUCCAUCAAAACGGUGUUUUACGUGUUCAGACUGAUAUUAGAGCCGGUACGCGGACAGAUAAGGAACAGCAUUUUGCAGAGAAGGUUACGAAGGUUGAGAGUUUGCUUGCUGGGGAGGAAGAUGGUGGGAAGUAGAAGAGGGGAAAGGGGGUUGGAUGGAGAGGUUGAAGAAUGAAUGAUAAGCGAAGGGAUUUGAGAGUUGCAGAGUUGAGAAUACCUGAAUCGUAUUAAGGACUUGAAGAAAAGCACAGCGAAUACCUAGCAAUGAAUGAUGAAUUGCAAUAUACUUGGUUCGUGAGUGCUACAGGUUAGAGAAACGAGGGUCGAAGUUAAAAAGCGUGAAGAAUAUUCGUAAUGUGUGUGAAAAUGAUAAAACGAUAGA